ACUCACGUUCACCUGACGUCUGUUUGAGACAUGGAGACGCCUGGUGCUUUCUUCGUCUCCCGGUCAGGGGCUGCUACCGUCCUCCUCCUCCUCCUCCUCUCCACCGUCUCCACCUCCAGGUCCAGCUUCCAGGAUGGCAGGAGGCGUCCUCCAGGACCCAGACCACUUCCCAUGCUCGGAAACCAGCUGCAGCUGGACCACAAGAAACCUCAGAAGACAUUCAUGGAGUGGUCCAAGGAAAACGGAUCAGUGUUCAGAGGCUUUAUGGGACAGAAAAAAGUGGUGGUGUUGUCGGGAUUCAAGGCGGUGAAGGAGGCGCUCGUCAACUACGCAGACGAGUUUAGAGGAAGAGACCAGAAGCGGAUUGUACAUGAAUAUAAUCAGGGGCAUGGGGACAGCACAAAGCUUAUGAGCUGGAGGGCACAGGGUUAAGCCCACACAAGGGCUCAGAUCCA